AUGGAUACAGGAAUUAAUGUCGUACUAGGUAUCUUGAGAUGGAUCCCAAAAUCUGGAUUAUUUGUGCGUGUCUUAAUUUUCUUAUUUGACAUGCUUGCUUAUUUUGUUCUCUAUACAAUUUCUGUUGUUAAUGCUGCGAAUGUCUCUGCUCAAGUCAGCAAUAUCCCAAUGUUGAGCGGGACGAACUUUAAAGUUUGGAAAGAAGCCGUGGAAAUUGUCCUCAGCUGUAUGGAUUUGGAUCUUGCACUUCGUUCAGAUCGACCCGCUUCUAUUCCGGAAAACCCCAAAGAGGGUAAAAUUGAAAAGUGGGAUCGCUCUGACCGGAUGUGCUUGAUGAUCAUGAAACGUUCCAUUCCGGAAGCGUUUCGGGGCUCUAUUACUGAGAGCGGGAGUGCCAAGAAGUUCCUUGAAGAAAUUGAGCAAUAUUUUGCCAAGAACGGAAAAUCGGAGGCGAGUAACCCUUUGGCUAAACUCGUUUCCAUGAAGUAUAAGGGCAAAGGGAACAUAAGGGAGUACAUCAUAGAGAUGUCUCAUCUCGCAUCAAAACUCAAGUCGCUUAAGUUGGAGCUGUCUGAUGACUUGCCCGUACACUUGAUUUUGACCUCUCUUCUUGCGCACUUUGGGCAAUUCAAAGUGAGUUAUAACACUCAGAAGGACAAAUGGUCCCUAAAUGAGCUUAUAUCUCACUGUGUGCAAGAAGAAGAGAGGCAACAGCGUGAUAAGACUGAGAGUGCUCACUUGGACUCAACCUCUCAGAACAAGAAAAAGAAGAGAGCUAAUGAUGCUGUGGAAGGAACUUCUUAG